UAGUAAAAGUUCAUUUCCGCGAAGAAUAUAAUUUUUCCAACCAUCUAUAAAUACGAAGGAUGUUUGACAAACUAUCAUGUAUUUUGUGCUUGGAAAAAGCCAACAAUUCCAUCGAUAAAAUUAACAUCGAUUCUGAUGAUUCGGAAGCAGUAAAUGCCCGUGGGAUAAUUGAGCAACACUUCAAGGAUGAGCUCAGUAUGAUGUCAUUUUUCUCCACGAAAGUUGUGUGCAGCCAAUGCUGGGAAUUGGUCCAGUCUUUUCAUGAAUUUUAUGUACGUGUGCAGAAUGCUCAUUUGGCAGCAAUGAACACGCUGAAAUCUUUGCAAGAGCUAGAGAUAUCUGUGACAGAAAUAAAAGAAGAGCCAGAUGUUAUAGAUGAGUUAGCAUCACCUCCUAAACGUCGACGUGGCCGUCCUCGUCGUCAAAAGGACUUCGAUAACCUAGACCGUGAGUCGGUUGCCUUAAGAGAAUGCAGUGUUAGAAUAGAGCAACUGACCGUCCCUUAUAACACAAUUAGCAAUGACAACAAGCAAGAUAAGAGUAUUGAAAAUGUGGAUAUUAAAAGUGAAGAUGAGUAUAAAGAAGAAUGCUACCAUCCAAAUAUAUCUGAAGAUGGAUCACAAAUUGAAAUGCCUGAUAUACUCAGUAGGCAUGAGGAUGUCUUGGCGCCUUCUCCGCCACAAAAAAAGAAAGUUCGUACUAAACGAAAGCAAAAAAGAAAGCGAAGUGACCAAAAGCCAGAGACAAAGAAGAAUAACAAACCGCGGCAUAAAACGUCGGACUAUGACGAAUAUAUUGCCGAUAAUUUUAAAUUAGUUUGCUUUCUUUGCCAGAAGACAUUAACAGAUUUUAGAGAACUCAAAAUUCAUUUUCGACAGCAACACCAAAUGAAUGGCUAUGUAAAAUGUUGCGGCAAGAAGUUACUGAAGCGAGGUGUACUCGUUGACCAUAUUCACUUCCACAAUGACCCGGAAUACUUCAAAUGUCCGCACUGUGCAAAAUUAUUGUCAGACCGGAGAGGGCUCGAAACGCACCUUCAAUUUUUCCAUGGUUCGAGAGAACGUACUUUUAGUUGUGACGUUUGUUCUAAGGGAUUCUUUCGCCGCGAAGUACUUGCUCGACAUUAUCUUCUACAUGCUCCAGAUGAACAAAAGACUGUUAAGUGUACGCAAUGCGAAAAAAACAUUCUGCAAUGAAUACAAUAUGAAGCAGCACCUAAAGCUAGUCCAUCUACAUUUGUAUUCGAAGAUUUGUGACAUUUGUGGGAAGUCUUUCAACGGUGGCGACGCGUUUCGUCGUCAUCAGCAAGAGCAUUUGGGCUUACCGAGGCCCAUGAUUAAAUGUGAAUUGUGUAAUGCUGAACUUACGACAAAAUAUGGCUUAGCGCGACAUAUGAAAGUAAUGCACACUGAGGAGUACCAGACGCCGCAAGUCUGUCCUAUAUGCUCCAAAGUGUCUCCAACUCUCAGAGCGCAUCAUACACAUUUUAAAUAUAUGCACGCCACCGAGCGAAAACAUGCUUGCAAACUUUGUGACAAAGCUUUUAAAAGACCUAAUGACC